AUUUUUAAAGGCUUUACUUACUAAAGCACAGCUUUAAUUAAAAAAAAAACUUUAGUGGUUUUGUAUAUCGAUUGACGGAGGUUAAAGAAAAUGGUGGAGGGUUGAGAGAAAUGGGAAGCUUAGUUGUUGAGUUGUACAAUUCAGCAUAUUGUAGAUUAUGUGGGGAAGAAAAUUCUAAUGGGAUAUUUAUAUUUAAUGGUCGCUCACAACCUGAAAAUUUAAGUUUAGUUAUCAAUCAGUAUCUUCCUGUCGAAAUUAUUGAUGAUGGAAAACUACCCAGAACUAUUUGUCCAAGUUGCCAUAUACAACUUCAAGGAACUGUGUCAUUCUUUAAUUUGUUAUCUGAUGGUCAAAAAAAAUUAUACAAUUUGCUUAGUACCCAAGAACUUAUUAGGGAUGUUCCAGAUAACUCGCCAAAACAGGGAGGAUCUUCCAUUUUGAAAUCGUUUGUUAAAGGAAAACCUAAAACAAAACGAGGUCCUGGACGCCCUAGGAAAGAAAAUGCUGUUAUUGGUAAUUUAGAGAAGGAAAUACCUAAACCAGAAGUUAUUGAAGAUUCUCAUUUGACUUCAGUAGAAGAACUAGGAAAAUCUAGGAGAAAAAGAAAACUUCCUGUUAGGUUCAGCAAUAGUCUCCAGGGUAAAGAACUGGAAAAAGUUUAUAGAGAUGUUGGUUUGCCAGAAGAAGAGCAUCAAGAACAUGUGCAAAAUGAUCCAGAAGUCAUUGGAAAAGUUGAAACUGAUAAAGGUGAAGACCUCGGUGAGGUGAUGGUAUUGUCAUCUUUAGAAGAGACUAAUAGACAGCAUAUGAAAUAUCGUUGUGAUAUGUGUAAUCAGGUCUUCACCCAAGAACCAAAAUUCCUAGAACAUAGAGCUCAGCAUGCUGAAGAAACUGAUGCUGUUAUAGAGUCUUCCCCUUCGAAGCUGUCAAUAAAAAAAGAAGUAUGUGAUAAGAAAUCUGGUGAUCAUGAAUGUGACUAUUGUGAUAAAAAGUUUAGACAUCUUUCGUCCCUCUCAUACCACAAGGAGACAGAACAUAAUGACGGAAGGAGAUACGUUUGUAGUAAAUGUGAUAGAAGUUUUAAGCACCGACAGCUUCUUAGGAGACAUCAGUUAGUUCACAGUUCUGUCAGAAUGUACAACUGCGAGGAAUGUGGGGCUUGCUUUAAAACUAAAGGAAAUUUGAUGAAUCAUAACAUCAUACAUACAGGGAUGAAAAAAUACUUUUGUGAAAUAUGUGGGCAAUUAUUUGCUCAUCGUACAUCUCUCAACCUCCAUACCAGGUGGCAUUCUGGAGAGAAACCAUUUGAAUGCCAUGUAUGCAAUAAACGCUUCACACAAAAGGGAAACCUUCAGGAACACAUCCGUAUUCAUACAGGAGAAAAACCAUUUAAAUGUGAUAUUUGUAACCGGAAAUUCACAACAUCUUCACAGUGCAAGCUUCACCUAAAAAGGCACUCAGGAGAGCGCCCUUGGUUUUGCGUUAUGUGUGGAAAAUCAUUUCUUAAUAAAGCAACAUGGCGGUGUCAUAUGCGAAGGCAUAAAGGUGAAAAACCAUUUGAUUGUAAAUAUUGUGAUAGACAUUUUCCUGAAGUUUGGGCCCUUAAGAAGCAUAUGCGAACUCAUACUGGAGAGAAACCUUACAGAUGUUCUAUUUGUCAAAAGGCAUUUUCAGAUUGCUCAAAUUUAGCCAAACACAAAAAGUCACAUUUCAAAGGUGAGAGUGGUGGAGAAAAUGGAGAAAUGAAACAUGUAGUAUAUGUGAGUUACACUGAUCCACUGAACCCUAGCUCAGAGGUUUCAGAAAAAUUUGUUGUUGAAAACAAAGAUACGGAUGAAGAGGUAUUGAUGCAAGUCAUGGAUGAGAUGGGGAAUCCGUUAAAGUUUACUCUUCAAGAUGGUACACAGCUACAGGUGACAACCCGUGAUGGAAGAUCUCUUGAAGUUAGGACUGGUGAUGGUCAAACUAUUCCUGUUGAACUGACCACCGACAGUGGUGAACCCAUUUUACCAGAACUAACACCUGUUAUACUUCCAACGGUGGCUGAUUCCUUAGUUGACAUCGGGAGUAUAGAGCUUGUCACAACAGAAGAUGACCAAACAACUACUUUAACCAUUCCUCAAGAUUUCCUACAAAUAACCUAGUCAUUCAUAUUUUUUUAAUUUAUGCUUUAAAAAUUUAUAUUCUAAAAUAUUAAAAUUUAUAUAUUUUAAAAAAUACAUUUAAAUAGAUCUUUAUAUAUUUUUACUUUGUUUGUACAUAAAUAAAUUCUUUAUACUUUUGUUAUUAA